AUAACAAUAACUAUAACGUUACUGAUAAGCGUAAAGACUGGUGGAAUACAAAUAAACAACAUGUAUGGAAUGUUAUGAUGUGUUACUAUAAUGAAAACGGAACAACAAACAAUACUUGUGAAAGUCACGAUAAUAUUGAUGAGACUCCACAGUUUUUACGCUGGUUAACUGAAUGGUCACAACAAUUUUGUAACGAAGAAAAAAAAGAAGGAAAAAAAUUUCUUGAAACAUGUCAAAAUAAAUUUGAAGGCGCUAUAUCUGUUGAUAAUUAUAGGAAUAUAUAUUGCGAUAAGGUAUUAAAUCAAUAUAAAAAUUGGUAUGCAAAAAGAAAGGAACAAUGGGAUGGAUUAAAAGAGAAAUAUAAAGCGUAUAAACAGAAUAACAGUUCAUUAGGAAAUACAGAAUCACUACCAGAAAAAGCCGAAGAAUAUGUAAAACAAAAAUGUGAUAAAUGCAAUUGCGAUAUUAAUAAUUUAGAAAAAAUGUAUGAAAAAAUAAAAGAUUCCGAUAUUAAUACAAUUAAAACAAUAGUUAAAUAUGUUAAAACAAAAACAAUACCUGUACUAGAACCAAAAAAUGAAAAUGAUCCAAUUAAAGCUAUUGAAAACUUGGUUUCAAAUGUUUCAAAAUUUGCACCAGUUGUUCUGAACCAACUACAUCGAAAUCCAAAAGAUUUAGCGGAAAAACUACUUGAAACAACAGCACGUUAUAUAUUGGACAUAGCAUCAAAAGCAUACGAAACUGUGAAAGAAAUUAAACAACAAAUUGAACAACAUAAUUCACAACCACCUGUAUCCCCUACACCUGCACCCGUACCCCAUCCACCAUCUGAACCUAUACCACCUAGUACACCCACGACUUCCUCUCCCGAAAUGAUAGUUGGUCCGGCCGUAGGUGCAGUGGCGGCAACGAUACUUGGAAUCAUGCUAUACAAG